AAGAGAUUUAAAUAUAACAUUAAAAUUACCCAAAGAACUAAAUCAUCAAACAAGGAUUGUGCAUGCAUUUUUUUAAAUUUCCCAAAACUUAAUCUUAAAUAUCUGUGGUGUGCUAAAAUGAGAAUUAAAAUCAUAAUGUAUGGUUAUGGUAUAGGUUUUAAUUACAUCAAUAAUGUAAUUUACAGUAGUUUCAAUAAAGUAUUUGUCUCAGUCUUGGUCAAUGACGGAUCAUUGGGGAGGUCGCAAUUUCUAAUACAUUGGGAAUUACAACUAGAACCACUCUUUUAAUUAAUUCAAAUUGGAAACAUUAAUUUUGCCUGUAAUACAAACAAGGAGUGGAAUCACAAUUUUGUGUUGCUUUAUACUAAAAGAGUAUAUAGAGUUACUUGUGUGUACAAUGCAUUAUAAGAAUUGUUAAAGAAAUGGUACUGAAGGUUGGAAGAUUGGUGUGAUGUUAUAGAUGGACAUAUUAUAGAAAUAAGGAUGGGUCAAUGCAACUACCAAAUAAGCACUUAUCUAAGCUUGACUGUGACAUCUUAUACCAUCUCGGAUUUGAUACGGUGAAACAUGAUCUACCAGCAAUGUUUGGUGACAUAAAGUUUGUAUGUAUGGGUGGAACAAAAUACAGAAUGAAGGACGUAGCAGCACACAUAAGCCAGCUAUUGAAUAUUCCGUGUGACUUCAACAACAUGGUCAAACAAGCGAAAAGAUACGUUAUGUAUAAAGUUGGGCCAGUUCUGUGCGUUAAUCAUGGAAUCGGUAUCCCGUCAAUGACAGUUGUGUUGGAGGAAGUAUUGAAAAUGCUGUUUUAUGCGAAGGCAAAGGACCCUAUUUUCUUCAGAUUGGGUACCAGUGGUGGAAUGGGCAUUCCAGCAGGGUCUGUUGUUAUUUCAUCAUGGGCUAUGAAUGGGACCUUGGAGAAGAUAUAUGACUUGCCAAUAUUGGGGAAGACCAAAACAUUCCCCGCGAUUUUCGAUCAGCGGUUAAACCAAGAACUAUAUUCUAUUGCGUGUCAUGAAGAUUAUAACACGUACGUAGGAGGAACGAUGACAGCAAACGACUUUUAUAGAGGUGAGGGAAGAACCGAUGGCGCAUUCUGUGACUACACAGAGUCGGAUAAAAUGGAUUUCCUACAGACUCUUGUAGGCUUGGGUGUAAAGAAUCUUGAAAUGGAAGCCACAGCUUUUUCUGCUAUUACAAAAGAAGCUGGACUACGGGCAGCAGAACUAUGCAUAACUUUCCUUGAUCGUUUGCUCGGAGACCAGGUUACACCUGAUGGUCAGACACUUAGCCAGUGGCAAAAACGACCUGCUAUAAUUGUUGGUAAAUACAUCGAGGCCUACUAUAACACCAAAAAGUAAUAAAGUAACAAUUAUUACCUUUGGAAGAAUAAUUAAUAGUAAAUUUAAUGUAUAAGACAGUAUUUUUAUUGUAAUAUUAAAUAUUUUCAUUAUAAA